UUCGGGUGCGCUGCCGACCUUAGUAUAGUACAGACAUCAGCUGAGCUGAGUUGCAUGAAGGCUCUUCGGAACAGGACACAGCAGUUUGCAACGGUAGAGAAAGCGAGCCACUCUGUAUACGAAUUUCAGUCUGAUUCCGCGACCCUCUAGAAGUAUUUCCUUUGGAUUUACCCGAGAUGGCUGUUACUGAAGCUGGCUGCGACUUGACCUACUCCAAAAUGAGGGGAUUGGUAGCUUUCCUUACCGCCUUCAUCAAGGAGAGGAAGAUGGGCUUGAACGACUUCAUCCAGAAGCUGGUGUCCAACCCGCACAUCUGUCAACACUCGGAUGUCAGAGUAUUCCUGAAAAUCGACGAAAAUCAGAAUGAGGAAACGGAACUGGAGAGCGGCUCCACUCCGGUGUGCCUGAAUUCCCCCAGAAGCUCGCUGGCGGAAGAGACCCAGGUUAAACCGUCUGAUUUUGACUACCUGAAAAUCAUCGGGAAAGGCAGUUUCGGAAAGGUUCUGCUGGCGAGGCACAAGGAGAGUGCCAAGUACUACGCUGUCAAGGUGCUGCAGAAGAAAAUCAUCCUGAAGAAAAAAGAACAAAAGCACAUCAUGGCCGAGCGCAGUGUCCUCUUGAAGAACCUGAAGCACCCUUUCCUCGUGGGGCUGCACUACUCCUUCCAGACCACCGACAAGCUGUACUUCGUGCUGGACUACGUCAAUGGGGGCGAGCUCUUCUACCACCUGCAGCGAGAGAGGGUGUUCCUGGAGCCACGCGCCCGGUUCUAUGCUGCUGAGAUGGCCAGCGCCCUGGGCUACCUUCACUCCCUGCACAUUGUCUACAGAGACCUGAAACCAGAAAACAUUCUAUUGGACUCGCAAGGCCACAUUGUGCUGACAGACUUUGGGCUCUGCAAGGAAGGGCUUGACCCCAAUGGGACCACGUCUACCUUCUGUGGAACCCCAGAGUAUUUGGCACCUGAAGUUCUGCAGAAGCAAGCCUACGACCGUACUGUGGACUGGUGGUGCCUGGGUUCUGUGCUGUAUGAAAUGCUGUAUGGACUGCCUCCGUUUUACAGCCGCAACACGGCGGAGAUGUACAACAACAUCCUGCACAAGAGCCUGGUGCUGAAGCCCAACGUGUCCAAUGCAGGCCGAGAGCUGCUGGAGGGCUUGCUGCAGAAGGACCGCAGACGCAGACUGGGGGCCAGGGAUGACUUUUUGGAACUCAAGUCUCAUGCCUUCUUUUCCCCGAUAAACUGGGAUGACCUUGUGGCAAAGAAAAUCACCCCUCCCUUCAUCCCAGCUGUGUCCGGCCCCACUGACCUUCGACACUUUGACCCCGAGUUCACCCACCUGCCCGUGCCUGGUUCCCUUGGCAACACGGACAGUAUCCUGGUAACCAGCAGCGUGCGGGAGGCAGCAGGUGCCUUCCCAGGCUUCUCCUACGUGCCCCCUGCUGACGACGCCUUCCUGUAGGGCCGCUGUCCUCUCCCCUCCCAGAGCAGCGCACGGGCGCUGUGAGGGCGGGCCAAGAGGAGGAGCGCCCCUGCAGAAGCUAGGGGGCGCCUCUCUGUGCGCCGCCGCAUGACGGCGGAUGGGGUCAGAGGCAGGACUCGCCCUGGCGUUCGCUGGAGACGAGUGGACUUGACGUGCUCGGCCGUACAGAGGCAGCUGGGCAGACGACGGUUCCUCUAUCCUUUCUCAAAAAGGACGAACAGUCACCAAGGUGGGCUGCCCUGCGGACUCCUGGCAAUUGUGAUUCCCCAUUCCGAAAGCACCCCUGUCCUCGCCGAUGCGUGUUGAGAACUUCUAUCCUGAGUUACUAAUGAAGAAACCCUUGCCAGCUGAAGGAUCUCGGCAUCCCAGUGGAUUGGAAUGAAAGGACCCAAGACAUUGAAUGUUGUGGGCGUGUGGUGUACCGUACGUGCUAUGGAGGGUGGGGGAUGUUAGCUAGUUGCUUUGGACAUUGGCUGCUGCUGAGUGCAUGUAUCUUGUGUUGAUACCAGCUUUAGGGGAACGCCUUUUGGAUUUUUAAAUUUGUAUAUGUUAAAGUUAUUUUUAUACAAAUGCUGCAUUGCACUCCAUGAAGUUAGGACUGAAUGUGUGAGGUGUAUUAUAGGAAAGGUUUUAGCAGAGGUUGACUUUACAGAGAGGGGUGCUUGACACAGGUUUCAGUGUGUACAGAGUCCGAAAGAAAAUGGUGCACUUUGUAAUUUUGAGCUGUUGCACACCUCUGUGUCAAAUACGAUGUUCUCCACUGUCUUUCCAUGGAGAAAUCGCACUUUCCUGGAAAACACAUAAAGGCAUUAUUGGCACUGAUUUAAAAAAAAAAUGCCAGCGAGUGUGGUGAUUUAAGGUUACCUUGACCUCAAGUGAAAGAUCUUCCUAUGAGGCACUGCAAGCAGACUGGUGCUAACACUGUGCUAGAGAAUGCUGACAUGUUGGGAAAGUUCCUAUUGUUCAAAUUGCACUUAAAAUGUUAAGUCACAAACCACUCCUGGUCUUUGUGUAGAGUGGCAAUUUUGUAGCUCCUUUCUCAGUCCACCGUGGAGAAUAUUUUCUUCUGAUAGUCCUAAUCCUGAAUGUAUCUACCCCGUUAAACAUAUAGAGCAAAACAUGAAGGACCUUCAUUUUACAUAAUGAUUCCAUCAAUUUAUGGAAGGAUGUAAGGUGCAGAGUAUGAACUAGUUUUAUUGAAUAAGUUCUAUUUUAUAUACCUACAGUGACCUUAUAGGUCUGAGUUCCACUGGACAGGCUGCGCUGUUUGAUGAAAUGAGAUGGAGAAAAGCUUCCUGUCCUGAGGCACUUGGAUCCACGGAGUUAGUCUGUCCUCUGAAGGUGUAGUCAUUGUAAACAGACCUGGCAGGUAUUUUACAGGAUGACUGUUUUAUUGCACUGUAGCUGGAAGUAAUUAGGAAAACCCUUCUUGGAGUAUUGGGUUCUCCAAACUGUGACCAACAUCCACUGGAUCUUUUCACACUUGAGGUCAUUUUCAGUCUUCUUCCAACUCCUAACACUUCUGCCAGCAGUCACUGUAAACUGCCAGAUACUGUAAAGCAUUGACACAAUCAUUGCCUGUUUUUAUAAAUGUAUAUUAUAAAAAUCUUAAAGUAAGUGGAUGCAAUUUGCUUCCACUGCAUUAUGAAUAUAACUCCUCUACUUUGUUUUUGGAGGAGAGAACAAAUGUGUAAUAUGAUUAUGCAGAUAUCACUUUGCCAGCAUUAAAAAUAGUGGUGAAAAUCAGAAUGGGGGAUUUUUUUUUCCCCUGCCAUUCUGUUUGCAAACACUACUCAAUGGCAUUAAGAUGAUAUGCAUCCUGUACACUGGGCACUCCCAGCAUUGGAGUGGGGGCACAGCCCAGCAGCUUUUAUUUAGGCUGAGCUCUGUUACACAAUUGGGUCCUUAAUUCAAUGGUGGAAUUAAUUUGAACUCUAAAUCCUUUCAGUUCCUAAAUUUAGUGGGAUAUUGGAUUUUAGACAUAAUGCAAGAUCUACAAAUUAAGCAGAAACGCAGGAAAGGUUCCAAUCAUAGGAUGUGCUAAUUCAAAUAAUGGGCUCAGCGGGCAUGUGAUGUGUGGGUUUCCCCAGGAUCAGGGCUGGGAACUUCUGCUGUAAAUUGUACCUAAUUUGAGGCGAGAGGAUGGCCUCCUGUUUUGUACAGCAAAUAUGUAGAAUGUUGUGAUGCAAAGAGGCCUGGCCCUACAGGUUCCUUCUUUAAUCGCUGUUCUUUUUCCAUGGUCUGCCUCACCAAUUCGUUUCAUGGCCAUGAAUCAGCUCUCAACCAGUUCCAAACAAAGCUCUGUGAUUUUAUGUCUUCACACAACUGUUACUCUCGGGUCUCAUGUUGACACUAGCAGGGAAAGGUGGUCGAUGGGGCUAAAGUGGUUGAGUGUUAUCUAGGGAGUUCUAUACUUCAUGUUUGGCUUUUUGUCUUGCCCAGUGCAAGGGGAGCGGUCUUGAGUUUAUUCAUGGACACAGACUUGCUCUUGCAGACUGAGAACUAUUUCAUGAUGUAAACUCAGUUGAAAGAAGGCUUUCAUUUACUACUGCCUUCAUUCAAUGAAUGCAAGUGCAAGCACUCAAAAGCACCUUGAACACGCCUGAUCUCCUCAGAUCAUGGAAUUUAAGCAGGGUCAGUCCUGGUUAGCAACCGAAUGGGAAUCCACCUGGCAAAAUGUGGUGCUGUAAGUUUUGUGUACGGCCAGAUGCCCAUAUAAUAUAAUUUGCACAUUGCUUUGGGUUGUGAAAGCUAAAACUACCAGCUACCCACAUGGUCCAAGAGGUUGGAUCAAUUAACUAAUAACUCCCAAACAGGCUAGAUAGGCCAUUAGGCCUCCUCUUGCUGGUAACUGUUUUUAAGAACAUAAGGUUCCAAACAAAACAAGGCCCAUCGGUUGAUCUUGCUCGUUUGGUUUCCCUAUUGCUAUUCUUCCUGCUUCAACUGACUUAAGUUGUAGAACAGUACACUAACUCAUACAUUUCUUUUGAAAAAAGAAUCUCCCCCUCAAUAAUCUUGUGGGAGUUUGCCUAUUUCAGCGGCCUUGGAAAAAGAUGCCUUGUGCUAAGAUGAUGUGAUCAAUCAAAUCUCGUGGCCCUGGCACGUCCACGGGUCUAACACCCACUGCUUCAGUCAAAGAGGCAAGAAACUUAUUGGUGCUGGCUUGGCCCAGAAAGAUGGGUAUCUACUUCAGUUAUUGAAGCAUGCUCCCUAUACACAUUAGACUUCUUUUGGCACAGUGAAAAAUUAAGUUGUAGUAGUGCUAUAUCUUCCCUCUUCAGCUGCAUGCCAAUGUUAGGAAGAGGCUCUCACUGCUGCUUAAGAACUGAGACGACUCAGUGAGGGGGUCUUUUUAAAAACUUUCUAGGAGAGUAAUGAUGACCUCCAAGUUGUUCCAAUGUACAGCUUCUGCCAUAGAGACUGAAGCUAAUUAUACAGUUCCAGUGUUGCAAUUUCUUCCAUAUUUGGAAGUCUUUCAGUUUUCUUUGGUUGUUUUUCCACCUCUUAUUUACACGUUGUAAGCAUAAGUAUACCUACUGUACUUGAUAGCUGGAAGAGUUAUUGCUAAAGAAACAUUGCAGAUCUGUAACAAAUAUGAUAAUAAAUCAAAGAAACUA